AUGCCGCGGCUGAAAGGAGGUGACGAUGAAGAAAGCGACGAAGAAGUUGAUGCGGAGAGUGAAGCGAGUACCGACGCAGAGCGUGAAGAGGAAGGCGAGGACGAAAGUAAGAAUGGAAUUGAGGAAGAAAGCGAAAUGGAAAACGGGGAGGAAGAUAGCGACGAGGGAAGCGAGCUGGUCGCUCCCGAAGCGAACCUAUGGCGCUCUCUUGAAAGUCUAUACCCGACCCACUCUCCAUGGGACAGCACAACAUUAGCUGGCCAAGCAGAGAUCCCAUUAGCAUGCCUUUGUGUAAAGUUUCAGCGUGUCCGAGGCGGUGAGCCGGCCUCCGCCGCUGUGAUGGACCUCAACAUUUCAGGAAGCACGCUGAGUACGUGGGUCCGUAACGCGAAGAAUGUCGUGACCCGACAGCGGCGAGGUCCAAAGCCUCUGCUGCCGACAGAUGCUGCGGAUGCAAUCCAAGAAUGGGUCGUUGGGCGCCAAGUUGUGCGCCAACCGGUAGGACGUGCUGAGAUCAAAUAG